GAAAGUAGCCGCUAAAUUCAGUCAUUUUGAUGAUUUUGCCGAUGAUGGACCGUACAUAAACUCAGAUUGCUUAAUUUUAUAUUUUUAUUCUACGUCCCACAUUUCGGAUGAAUUAAAAGAGGCCAAGGUCAUUUUGGUAAAGAAUAAGAAACGUUGCACUUAUACGUCCCAAAAUGUAUACAUAAACGAAAAUUUAUUUAGUGCGUGCGAAAUUUAAAAAGCAAUUGUGUUGCUAGGUAAUUCUUAACUAAAUAUUUUGUGUCUGUGUUAAAAAUUAAGAUCAAAAUGGACAACGCUGUGUUUGGUGUGUGGGACUAUAUCAUAAUGGCGGCCACAAUGGUAGCCUCUGUGGCGAUCGGGGUGUAUUUCAGAUUUAGUGGCGGGAAACAGAAAACAAAUGAGGAAUAUCUUCUCGCUGACCGCAACAUGGCUGUUUUUCCCGUGGCAGUGUCUCUGAUGGCCUCCUUCAUGUCAUCCAUCACAUUGUUAGGAGUCUCUGCAGAGAACUAUUACUAUGGAAUGAUCUUUGUCGUCAUCAACAUAUCAUACGGCCUAGCAACACCUAUUUGCACAAGACUCUACCUACCAGUAUUCUUUGGCUUACAAAAAACUAGUACUUACGAAUAUUUAGAGCUUCGUUUCGGACCCAAUAUAAGAAUGCUGGCCUCUUUAACGUACACGUUACAAAUGUUGUUAUACAAUGGAAUAGUUUUAUAUGCUCCGGCCAUAGUAUUAGAGUCUGUUACUGGUUUAGACAGAUUAAUAUCAAUAUUUGUAGUCGGAUUAGUAUGUACCUUCUAUUCAACAUUAGGAGGCAUGAAAGCAGUAUUAUUCACUGAUAUUUUACAAUCGUUUUUAAUGUUUGCUGCUAUAUUUAGUGUUGUUGUAUUCAGUUCUAUUGAACUUGGAGGAUUCACUCAAAUAUUUGUCAAAGCUUCUGAAGGUGGACGAUUAAACUUUAACAAUUUCAGUCCCGACCCUACUGAAAGACAUACAUGGUGGUCUCUCAUUAUUGGUGGUUUAAUAACAUAUCUCUCAUUGUAUGCUGUCAAUCAUACUCAGAUCCAAAGGUUGUUGACCGUGAGUACUCUAAGUAGGUCACAAUGGUGUCUCUGGUGGAGCUGGCCAGUCCUCUCUUUACUUAGCAUCAGUACCUGCCUCAGUGGCCUUGCUAUCUACGCCGUGUAUAAGGACUGUGAUCCGUUUAAUGAUGGCAAAAUUACCUCGGUGGAUCAAUUACUGCCAUACUAUGUGGUAGACGCGAUGACUCAGUACCCAGGGUUGUCGGGGCUCUUCGUGGCCGGCAUAUUCAGCGCGUCACUGUCGACCAUAUCGUCAGCAUGCAACUCUUUAGCAGCGGUCACACUUACUGAUUACGUUAGCAGGUGGUUCACAAUCCGUCCAUCCUACAUUGCUUGGGCUACAAAACUGGCGGCGUGCGUUUACGGACUAAUGUUCCUCGGCCUGGCUUUCCUCGCGGAGUACCUGGGCGGGGUGCUGCAGGCCGCCCUCACCAUCUUCGGGGCCGUCGGAGGACCACUCCUUGGGGUCUUCACUCUCGGGAUGUUCACUACUUACGCUACUGAAUUGGGCGCAUGUAUAUCUCUUGUUACCGGCAUGGCUAUGACCCUCUGGAUAAGUUUCGGAGCCCCCCGGCCGCCCAUCCGCAAGUUGCCGCUAAGUACAGUGGGCUGCGCGGUCAACGGCACCAUCAUAGACCCAGUGGAAAUCAAUCCGGAUGACUACUUCUAUUUGUACAGGAUAUCUUAUAUGUGGACGAGUCCGAUCGGGUUCCUGUGGGUGAUAACAGUGGGCAGCGUGGUGUCGCUGGCGUGGCGCCAGCAGCAGCCGUGGCAGAGGCAGGGCCGCGCGACGCCCGACCCCGCGCUGUUCACGCCGCCGCUCGCCAGGCUCCUCCAGAGACGAGCCGAGAAGGAAAAGCCGGCUGUUCAGAUGGAGUAAAUAGAUGCUUCGAUGCUGCUUUGUAGAUAGAAAUCAUGAUGCAGUGUGAACUCCUGAAAUAUAACGGCAUACAAGAUUAAAGUUCCUGUGGUUUCUGCAAGUUUAUUAUUAAUAUUUUUUACUUUUAUUUUUGUGUAACUAUUUUUAGUAAUUGUACAUUUUUUUAAACUGGGCAUUCUGUUUUGCAACCUGAGAUAGAUAUAAAUAUACGUGUUUUUUUUUUCUGUAAAACACAGCUGUGUUCCUCGAGGUAUAAUUCGAACCUACUUCCGUAAUUAGUAGUAGGUAUGAUGUACUUACCAAGCCCCUGAUCUCAACUGAUCUUUUUCGGUCUCAAGUUCUUCAUUUGUCAAGAUUUCUAUCUAAUGACCUUACUUAGUAUGACUUCAGUAAUGUAAUUAAAUUUAAUACUUACGUAUUAUUAAGGUUUUUACGUUUUAUCAUUAACUCAUGGGUUCGAAUUUGCUUUUAAUAUGUUUUUCUUUAAGAAUAUUAAGUAUUUUUACCUUUACAGUUAGUAUUUUUAGUACAAUUUUUAUCAUAUUAUAAACUCAAAAAUAUCUAUACCAUAAGAGCUUCGAUGCUUAGAAAGGCAUCAAACAAAAAUAAAAUUAUUUUAUGUGUAAAUGGCAAUACUAAAUUUAAAUACAAUUCGAUCGAUUGCCUGGAGUAGACAUUUUAUUAUUAUAUUUAUUUUGUUAUAUCAAAAAAAAGCGAUAAAAUAUAUAGAAGCUUGUGAUGGCAAACUUCACAGAAUUGAAAAUGCAGUAGGAAAAUAACGCUUUGUAUGUAGAGCCAUUAUAGUAGGUAUACCUCAUAAUAUCAGACCAAAAUUACCUCACUGUUGUAUCACAUAUUUAACGAUGUUUUUGAAAACAUAUGUGUACCUGUGUUAAAUCACAUAAAUUUGUACACCCUAAACAAUAUUUAUAGUAGAAAGAGUAGAAUUAAGUAAAUUUCUGUACUUAUUGUUCAUAUUAAUUGACAUUCCUGUUUAUUCCCAACGAAAGACAAUAAUUCAAUGUAAUUUUGUAUUACCUAUAGCAAAUGUAUUAAGACCAAAAUGGUGCCUAGAAGGUUCAUAUGCAAUAAUAGUUAAUCGUAAAAAACAUGAAAUUUUUUAGCAAAAAAAAUAUUUAUAUAUCAUAUGGUGUUGUUAGUAAUCGUGAAUCGUCUGAAUAGUAUAUUGUAUGUAGCUAUUAUCUACAUCUUUUAUAAGUAUAUCAUGCUCUAACGCCGGGUGACUUAAAAUGGCUUCCGUUAAUGCUUAAAAAAUAAAUAAUAUUUAAGUAAAUGCGAUAUUUGCCGAGUACACUAGAACCUCAUCAGUGUGAUGUGUUUUUUGUAGUUUUAGAACUGAGAAGCUAAGGAUGCACUGUUGGAAAAGUUUUUCGUUCAAUUUGACUAAAAUUGUACAUUAGAUUAAUCUUUAUUUAUUUAUCUUAAGAGUGUUAUGGUGAUAUAAUAAGAACAACAAAGCAAUAAACUGUGUUAAUUUAUAUCGAAAUACAUCAUAAAAACCCCUUAUUUCAUGUCAUUUCUUAGACUUAAGAAUAAAUUAUAAAAUAAUUUAUAGCCUAGUGUUGUCGACAAACAUUCAAUUCAUGAUUUAUAUAAAAUAUUAUUAAAAAAACUUUACAUGUAUAAAAAAUACUUCGAAAUGAUAACUUAAUUUUUGUGACUUAUUUACAUAUAUGUAUUUUUUUAUUAUUUUUCUAUAAAUAUUUUUGUUAUCUUCUAAGACAAAUGUUACAAUUUUUCAUGGAACUCGAAAAAAAAAACAUUAAUUUAUGAUUAUAUUUCGAAAUUUACUGCCAUUAUAAUGUUUUUAAUACUAAAA